AUGUCUGCAAAUAUAGUGAAAGUUUUAUGGGCACGUAGAUUAAGUUAUAAUUCUGGACUAAAGUUACAAAAAAUAUUAUCCAAUCAACAUUAUCAAAACUUAAAUGGUAGUUGCAAUACAUUGGUAUUGAUUGAACAUGAUCCAGUAUUUACAGUUGGAAUCAGAGAUAAAAGUUAUACAACAGAAGAUGAGAAAAGAUUAAAAGAUUUAGGUGCUGAAUUUUUUAGAACAAAUCGAGGUGGUCUUAUAACUUUUCAUGGGCCUGGGCAAUUAGUGGCAUAUCCUAUUCUAAAUUUAAAGCAAUUUAAAAGUAGCAUGAAAUGGUAUGUUUGUCAAAUAGAAAAUAUGAUUAUUCGUUUAUGUGCAGAAUUUGGUAUUAAAGGAGAAAAAUCUCCACACACUGGUGUGUGGGUAAAUGAUAAAAAAAUUUGUGCCAUCGGUAUUCAUGGAUCUCGUUAUAUAACAACACAUGGUUUAGCUUUAAAUUGCAAUACAGAUUUAAAUUGGUUUAAUCAUAUUGAUCCUUGUGGUAUUAAAGAAAAAGGAGUAACAAGCAUUAGUCAGGAACUUAAUAUGAAUGUUACUAUUCAAGAUGUAUUACCAGUAUUUCAAAAUGCUUUUCAAGAUCAGUUUCAAUGUACAUUAAUUGAAUAUCCAGCAGAGGAAUCUUUUCAAUUAUUUAAACAUAUCAAUAGCAAUGAUAUUAUCAAUGUAAUGUAA